UCCAAAUCCAGAUUCGCCAGGGAUGUUGGCUACAAUACAGUACAGAACCUACCUAGUACAUUGCUCCGCCUUGUCUAGAACCAAGAAGACGAUAUUCAGGCCAACUUUAUGCUCUCGCCUCUUGUCCAACCCUUCGUCAUCCCCGAGGGAGCAACUCGAUCACGCUAGCAGGUUGGCGAGAUAUGUUGACAGCCUCCGGCACUAAUCUCUAGAACUUAAUGCCCGUUGUACGAAAUUCGGGAGCCAUGGCUUGUCUUAGCGCCGUUAUCUUAAUGAAGCAGGGAAGCCAUCAAGCCACAGCUGGGCGGCCACCAUGCUCCAUUGGUCGAAGACUCGGGGCCAUCAAAAGAGAUCGCACUUGCUAGCUAGCACCUUUGGCUCUCGGUUGAGCGCCAAGCAUCUCAUUGUCCACGUCUUGUCUCUUUGUGGCAAUCAGAAUGCAGGCUUCUCCCUUGUGUUGAAUCCAGAAACCCCAGCUGCUGAGUGGACGGCCAGCUCACGUCAAGUCGUUAAUGCUUAUUCGUAGUGGCUAGGCCAAUAUGGCAAACUCCACCAGAAACAGCCCCCAGGUCCUCGUCCUCGCUACCUGACAUGCGGGUGUCAGUUAAGAACAUCUGUUGUCCCAGAUGACUUUCCUGUCUUGUCUGAAACCUUUGCUUUCCUCAAAUACGGCGGCAGCAACUUGUCGUUGCUCUUCCACGUACCUGCUACCAUGUCUACGGAAGAGUUGCUCCAGCGGUAUCAAGGCCAUAUCGUGCCUCAGAGCUACAAUGCUGGGUUCGUUGCCCUGAGUUAUGUCGUCAGCCUGGUCGGCGCCGGUUCAACCCUUGAGCUCAUCAAUCGAAGAACCGGGUUAAGGGGUCUGUUCAAUCACCUACUGCUCAUGAGCUCAGCAGUUACGAUGGGUGGAGUAUCUAUCUGGUGUAUGGUAAGUCAGGUUGCGUCUUGUUUCAAAAUCCCUGAUUAAACUUACCAUCGCUUUGUUUCUAUAGCACUUCAUCGGAAACAGAGCCAUUGAUCUCGCCGAUGGUCAGCCGGAAUUGCAGGUCGCCUAUUCAAGCGGCUUCACUGCUAUAUCUUUCUUCGUCCCCAUAAUAGUUCUUCUCGCUGCCUUCAUGGCUGUUGGCACCAACAACGUCGUUUCAUGGUGGAGGCUUGUCGCGGGUGGUGUACUCUGCGGGACUGCGGUCUGCGGUAUGCACUACCUUGGCAAUGCUUCCAUCAACAACUAUACGUGCGUGUACCAACCAUCAUACGUCAUUGGAUCGGCCAUCAUCGCCAUUGUUGCAAGUAAUGUGGCAUUGGCCAUGUUUUUCGUGUUUCGGGCGAUGUGGGCGAAUGCAUGGUGGAAGCGAGUCAUCUCAGCCGUUGUCCUCGCCGGGGCUGUUUCUGGGAUGCAUUGGUGCGCUUCUGUAGGCACUCGUUAUCGACUGAAGAGGAUCAAGCCCAACGGCAACGAGCCAUCGAGGACAGGGACGGUUGUUGUUGUCAUUUGCUUGUCAUUAGGAGCCUGCUUCAUCAUUGCCACUUCGGCUAUUCUUCGAGCUAGGAACAUGAGAAGGUCCGCCCUUCGUGCCCAGCAGAUCACUCUUGCAGCAGCGGUCUUCGAUAAAGGAGGAAGGAUUCUCGUUGACCCAGAUGGAUACAUCCCAAGCACCGUGGUGACUGAUUCUUUCCUGGAAAAGAAUGCCAAGGAGGGUUUCAAUACCGGCCACUCGCUGUUCCAUUGGAUGUACCAAGCAUCAAGAAAUUGGAACAUGAUAUGGAGCCUUGUUGGGGGAAUGAGACAACAUGUGUCACAACUUCCACAUUCCCGUACUCAUAAAGAUGGACGACGAGGCAUCCAGCUUGUGAGCGAACAUGGCGAGACUAUCGACAGCUAUGACAUGAUAUUCCGAGAGCUUUUCUGUCUCGCCGCAGCUGCUCUUGCUGAUAGACUUCGUGAGGACUUGACAUCCAUCGGAGUUUUGUGGGAUCAAAUUCUGCCAACAGGUGCCAACGGUAGACGGCCUCGGCCCCAACUACGCAAGCAAUCAAAUGCUGGGACAGGUCUGGAAGGCAGUGACGCCAACGAGGAAGUCCACAACAGCCUGGACAUUACGGAGAAGGGCCUACAUGUGGAGAACCACGACUAUGGGCGUGGAUCUCUGAUGUUCCUUGUCCGCCGUUCCGAGUCGGUUCGCGAUACUGAGCGUCUGAUAUCCACUGGAUAUCGGUUUGCCGAGUUGCAUCAAGUCAGCGACCUCAUCAAAUCGAGUAUGCAGAUCAAAACCCACGACUUUGAGACAAAACUGAGGGAAAUGGCUACAUAUACAAGCGAACGCAAUCACAUCCGCCAAGGAACUCACCUGGGCUUCUUUGCUGUCCGAGCUCGUGUCAGUUCUGGCUUCGAAGUCUUGGUGAGAAAAGGCGCACGCCAUUUGCUCCCAUCGAUGCCCUUCCCCUUUGAGAAUCUUGAAGACUGGCAAAUGCACUACCUCAGGAGGUUCGAGAAUGUACCAGUAUCCAAGAUCGUGGAGAAGUGCAAGGAAGACUCUCAACGGAGUGAUCGAGAGGCUGAGUUCGCUGGGCAGAUUGCAGAUACCAUCAAAGAGUUGCGCGAAUCGACACAGGAGCCCUUGCUCGAGGAUGCACUUCUCACAUCAACAGCAUUCCGCAUACCUUGUCGCGGGGAUGAGAAGCGAUUGGAGGCAACCAUGAUAGCUGUGAGACUAGUGAUUCCGAUUCAUUCGGUAUUAUCAAGCCCCAACUGCGAGUUUGUGCCCCUCAGCUUUUUCAGAAUGCGACAAGUAUCGACCCAGUCCUAUCAGGAGUUUACUCGAGGGCUACACCAGGAGUUUGGCCACAUCGCGAAGACGGCGAAGCGCCAAGAGGGCUCCCAGGAUAAGAUCAGCCCCUCCUUAUCUAGUCGGUGGCCAUUCGGGCGAUCAGAGACCACUCGAAGUACACGGACUAGAGGAAAAUCGCUCUCAAGAAUAUCUGGGCACGUUGUAUCAUCAAAUGACUCGGCAAGGUCCAGCUCGACCAUCAACCUUUGCUCGCCAGGGACUAACGCACGAACGCAGUCAAUCGACUCAGGGGAAGGAUCGAGCACAUACGUCCCGCGACAGGAGCCACUGCAAGCAACUCCAUCGUAUGGUGGCAUCAUGGUGUUUCAAGAGAUUACUGUGGAUGUACAAGAAGGAGGUGAGACGGCUGCCAGAAAGCCAAGUCACGGUUCUGAGGUCGACACAAUAACAAUUGAGAGAACAAUAUCCAAACCGUCCGCUGCAGCAGGUAUCGAGCUGCAGUCUAUGGGGCAUUUCGGCGCCAACGAUAUUGGCACUCAGUUAUCCAACGAUAUCGAGGCUGGUAAAGGGGGGCACAGCUAUGUUACGUGUUUUGUUGAUAUCCUCUUUGCAAAGACGGUAGAGAGUCGCUAGGGAAGGGAGAGACUGGGCUGGGUCGAUGGAUGGAUUCUGCUUACAAUGUACGCGUGCAUAUUCAAUGCAGUGCGUGUUUCCUUUGUUUGUUUCUAAUGGAGUGCUGGAUAGCGAGGUUUGGUGUUUGCUUCUUCAGGAGUGGCGUUUGGUUUUUCGAUUAAUGGAUGAUCAGACAGACAUAGAAGAUACUAUAAUAUGAAGCAAUUAAAAAAUGGUUGAUAUUCUCACUCUAUAAUUAAGACUCCAAGAUUAAGAUCAGAAAGGGGGAGAAGCCAGUUGUUAAUUAUUAAGGGAGAAAGU